CUAUUUUAGCCUCUUUCUGGUUAGAGAAUUUGUUUUCUUUCUAAUUAGUGUUUCUUUUCUUUAUCAUCUUAGUUUAAUCUUUUUUUUUAAUUGUUAAUUGUUCUAACUUACAGGUAAUGUCUUGUAAAUUGACUAAAUUAUCUUCGUUCAAGGAAAGACUUUCAACCAUUGAGAAUAUUUUAUUCUAUGAUGAUUUCAAUUCUCCAGUUCCAUCUUCCAUUAAUGAAUGGACAACCUCUGAAUCUUUCCAUGAUGAUCCUCAUGAUGAUCCAACGUUUUCAUCAUCAUCUAAGAUCUCAAUUCCUAAAACACUUAAUGAUUGUCUUAUUGCUUCAUCUCCUUCUGGUGAUUUAAUUGUUUUUGCUUAUGGUAAAAAUGUGGCCAUUUUUAGGUAUCGAGAGGAAAAGGAAACUCAAAUUUGUGGUACUACUCUCUUCGAGAUGGAACCUGGUGAAAAGAUCACUUCUCUCAUCUGUUUACCUUUCGUUUCUCAACAAAUCAGUAAUCAAUGUCGAUCUGAUUGGUGUGCUAUCAUUUUAGGAUUUUCUUCCGGCUAUUUGAGGAUUUACACCGAAAAUUUUACCAAACUAUUGACACAGAAAAUUUCUUCUGAAUCGAUAACCUCAAUCAAAGUGAACAGUUUCCUUUGUCCUUACACUUCGGGAAGAAUUCGUCAUUCAAAUUGUAAUAAGAAUGUCGAUGAAAUUUUCAUCUUUUGCCGAACCUUUUGUAUGAUCAUUGAUGGAUUUGUUUUCUAUCAAACACUUCGCUCAUGUCGUAACUAUAUUCCUCGUAAUCGUCAAUGUGUUCCCGAUAUUGAAACUCAUCCAGAAUUUGCACUUCGAUUUAAAACUUGGCUUUUCAAAGACUGUGAUCGAAUCUUUGAUGCAGAUAAUUGUGGAUCUCAUGAAAUUAGUGACUAUGAUUGGCUUGUAUCUCGAUCAAUAUCCAAAGGAACCUUUCGGAGUCCCUACAAUCGUCAGACCAAUGGGAAUUUAAUCAUUUCAACCGGAGAAGAUCCUUUCAUUGGUCUUCGCAGAGCAGAUGAGAUUGAUUCGACAAGUGUCCUAGAAGAGGUAACCCAAGCCGUGGUCAAUAAGGUCAAAAAUGUAUUACCCACCUUCUUAAGAAGUACUGAAAAACCCAAGCCGAAAGUUGACCCUCCACUUGAUUUCUCUUCAAACCUCGAACUUUAUGAUCAGUAUCGAAUUGGAGUGAAAAUCUGUAUCUCACCAACUCGUGAAAUGGCCGCUGUUUGUGAUGAAUUCGGGCGAGUGUGCCUUGUAAAUCUAAGCGAUGGCCUAGUAAUCAGAAUGUGGAAAGGUUAUCGAGAUGCUCAAUGUGGAUGGAUUGAAUCAUAUGAGAAUCCAGAUGAUUAUAAAUCAAGAAAAAUCACAUUUCUUUGCAUCUAUGCACCAAAACGGGGACUUCUUGAAGUGUGGAGAUGUCAACAUGGACCUCGAGUUCAUGCAUUUAAUGUUGGUAAAUCUUGUCGUCUUUUAUAUUGUGGAUACUCAAUGUUGGGUCUAAACGAUGUCCUAAUCAAACAAUAUCGCAAAAAUUUUGGUCCAUUUUUACUUUCUCCUGAUUCGUGUUACCUUAUCGAUUGCGAAUCUUGUGAUAUUUACACGUUUCAAGUGCCCUUCGUCGUUGGUCUAACUGAUCGUUUUAAUCAAUCGAGUAAAGAUGAAUUACUUUAUAAGGAGUUUACAAAUAUACCGAUUGACAUUAACAAUUCAGAAAAUUUCAUCUCAAUUUUUGAUAAAAUUAAAACUCAUCAAAUUAAAUGGCAGGCAAUUGAUUUUAUCAUUGGUCAUUCAAUGGUCUCUCUAGUCAAAGAUUUGUGUCAAACUUUUACCUCUCAAUUACCUGACGAUCAAAAUACUUCGAGUGAUAUUGAACCGAAAACUGAUCCAAUGGUUUUAUCUUCAGCCCAACGGUGUCAAAAGAUGAUUCAACUUUGCCAAUUCUAUCAAUCAUUUGAACAAUUAGUUAAACCGAUUGCAAAUGUGACGAUAGUUAGCUCAUUUCAUCAAGACUCACCGGACAUUGAAAGUCAAUCAGAAUUACUUGGUUGGUCUGAUCGUGAUUACGCUCGAUAUGUUUCCUUUUUUAGCUUGAAAGAGGUCGUUCUUGGCUCAGGUCAAGAGGUCAAAUUAAAUCCUGAUUGUAUAACUUUCGCUGAAUUAGUUGAUUUCUUUUUACCCAAACAAGAAGAUCAAUUAGAUGAAAGUUCAUCUCGAUCAUCAAUAACACCAAAGAAAAAAGUUUUUCAACUUGAACAACUACAUCGAGUUGGAGAUUUCAUUUUGAUCCCUGGACUUUUUUCUGAAAAUCUCGAAGUGUGUGCAGGCCACAUCGAGUCGUUAACAUUUAUCGCUCCACAAGAAAUACUUUACUGUUUAUUUGCUUCGUGGCUUCACAUUGACUUUACUGGCGAUUGGAGGUAUUGGCCGAGAUUUAAUCGUUACGUGUCUCUGAUUGUUAACAUGUUGCGCCAAAAACAUGCCAAUGGAUCAGAUCAAUGGCUUAGAAUUUUGAAAAUUGUAACUUCGUUAAUUGCUCAGUCAUCAUUGAUUCCAUCAGCAUUAAUCGCAUCAAUGGUCUUGUUAACCUUAUACUCGGAAUUUGAUCUAUGUGAAGAAGCUACUCCUUCGAGUAAAUUAAAGGCAACUGAUGAUGAACAAGAAAGUUGCAUACCCGAAGAAUGGGAAAAUUUAUCCAUAGUUAAAGAGAAAUUAAGUCUUCUCAUUAAUCAACUGGAAUCGACAUUUUUCCUCAGUUUAACUCUACAUUCCAAUGUUAACUAUGAUCCAGGUAGAAUUUCACUUUCAUCCCUUCGUGAAUCUCUCCCUGGAAUCGUCAGUGAAUCAAUAGCUAAAUGGGCGAUAUCUUAUCCUCUUAAUCCAUCAAUUAUUACAUCACUUGAAGGUGAUGAUGAUUCAGAUGACGAAAAUAAAAUAAAUUCAGUUAGUCAAAUAACCUUUGGAACUGAUAUUGUUGCUUCGCAAGAAGAAUCAACAAUCAAAAUUGACACGACGGUAAUUCAACAACUUCUAUCCAAAGUUCGUGAUCAAUUUCCUCGAAGUAUGGAAAGCGAUGUCAUCCUAGCAAAUUGUGCUUGGGAAUGUUUGAUCCUUUGGGAUAAAGAUCCAAGUAUGGGUGCUACGUCUACAUUGUUAUUCCAGUCGCUUAAAUAUCUCGAGCCAUUAUCAUCAGCUGUUUUAAAGCACAAUCUUUGCUGUCUCAUCUGGAAAAUAGCGAUUCGUAAACGUUUGGAAACACUAUCAUCUCUCAUUGAGAAAAUGGGUAAAACACCAAAAGAUCGGAUUCUUCGGAAAGAUAUCGGCCUGGGUGAAGGAUCAUUGGAAGAGUUUCUCAAAUUUGUUACCGAACUUCUUGACCUGAUCCUCGAAACAAUUGGACCUUCACAAUUUGACGCUAUGCCCAUUUUUCGCCUUGAUGAUUGGUGGAAAAACAGAGAAUGGACCAGUCGACAGUUUCCUCUUGUUUUCAUUGCGAUCCAACAACAACCCGCUAAUCCUCAACUGACCGUAGAACUGUUUGACCUUAUUUUGGUGGUCACUUUAAUCGUCAACUUUCAAAUCAAACAUUUCAAACCACUAUCACUUUUCCCGUACGAUGUGGCCAAAACUUUUUUCGAUGAAAUAUCCAGUCCAUUGCCUCCCUUUCAACCUGAUUCCCUGUUAAUCGCCAGUCGUGAAAAAUUUUUACUCGCUGCCGCUUCUGCUGUGGCCUAUUCUGUUCCCCCUGCUGCUGAACUGGUCGAAGAGGACGCUCAUCUUUACUCAACCGCCAAUCAAUGGAUAGGCAAAAUUGUCGGACUUUGUAAACAUUGGGACAUUCAACCUGAUUCAACGCGACAGCGAUAUGUUUGUGACCUUUAUGCAAACUGUUGUGAUGUUCUGGCUCAAGAGUAUACCAGUACAAUUAACGAUCGUGAAGCCUUAGCUGUCGUACUUUUACCCGUUGCUGGUCUUCGGGUUCGACAUUUAAUCAGAUCACAAAGAGGUAAAUUUCUCGCAUCAACUCCCCAAUCAAUCAUGCAAUGGCUUGAAGAGAUUCCAUCGAAAAAAGAAAUUAAUCUUAAUUUUACCGUUGAAACAACCACGAAAAUGUUGGAUUACAUUAUAUCAUUUUUACCAUCAGGAAAUUAUGAUAAAAGAAUCGCUCGAAAUUUAUUAGAAAUGACCAAUAACUUAUGAUUAUCAUUAAUUAAUUAUCGUUAAAAGAAAAAUGUCCAAAAUCAAUUUACUAUUUAUGGGAUCACAAUUGUGCAAACUUAUCAAAAGAGAUUUAUUUUUUAAACAGCCUGAAGAUACUUUUGUUGGACAUCAGGUAACAGCAAUUAAAACAAAAUCAUUCAAUGUUGAAUUGGAUGAUUUAAUUUAAAUGUA